CUAGACUCGCGAAGGACUCUCGCGAGCUAUCGUCAGGCCUCGUUCGGUCCAAGGUGGCUACCCGCCUCGCGAGCCCAGAGGCACGUUUCCGACAUGGUUGAUCGUCAAUCUCCUCGAGGGCCAAACUCCAGAGCUGCGCUCAUCUCCAAGCCUUUUGUUGUAAUGUAUUAUCGUGAAGAUGCAUAUAUGCAAACUGAUAAGGAUGGCUCAUCAGAGAUUGCCCCAUUAAAAACAACGGCGGGCUCGUUUGGCCGAUGGGGAAUACCACGAUUUCACAUUGAACCUUCCAUGCCGUUACUCG